UCUCUCUCUCUCUCGCUCUCUCUCUCGCUCGCACAAAUACGCAUAUAAAUAAACAAAUAAACACGAGUAAUUGUGCGCCCUCAGACAUAUAUAGAGUGCGCGCUUAAAUGCACAUCCACGCUCGUAUGUUUAUACGGGUAUAUGCGUGUUUUGCGCGUGUGUGCGUGCGCUCGCAUAGAUAGGAGCGCGCGAGAGUCAUCGGCCGGUCGCGCCUUGUGCCCGAUUAACAAAUAUAUCGUAGGCGUUCGUGUGCGUGAGCUCGCUCGCCCCGGGUAGAGAAGGCCUGGGGGACGCAAGACCGGGCAGUCGCUCGACUUCCAUGCGACGUGGUAAGGGGAGCCGGGGGAUCGAGUAGCGCACCACACAACAAGACGCGGAAAUGUGAGAGGCAGCGCGCCGUGGAAGAGAGCCGACUUUAAAAGUGAAACUCUUUAACGGAAACUCGGAUCAAAUCAUCGCUGACCUGAUAAAUAUUAAGACCAUGUGAGAUGAGGGCUGGUAAGCAGCAGCGCCUAUUGGCUCGAGAUGGAAUCGCCUUCGGCACAACAGCUAGCCGCCGAGGCCCAGGAAGACUGUAGUCCUGUGGAGGUGUUGCUUCAAGAUGCGACGGAAGAGGAUAUUUUGCCAAUCCAGGACGGGGGCAGCUUUGCCUUUCUCGAUGAUCUGACGAGCCACUUAUCGCCCUGCGUGCGACUCGAGCAGUUAACCAAACAAGAAAUGGGCGGCUACGCGUUCAAGGCUUCCGUCGAGGAAGAUCCACUUAGGUUACAUGCCGCCGACAAUUCAAAAACAUCCCAGGAUUCGGAGACGUCGCGAGUCGGAGUGGCCACGUUUUCCAGCUCGAGCCCACGCUCAAGUCCCAGUCCCAGUCCCAGCCUCGGUCCGCCUAGCCCUAACCUCAGCCCCAGCCUCAGCCCCGUGAUACCAUCGCCGAGGAGGAGGCCGAUACUGUCGGCCAGCACAGCCUCGGACUUCCAGCCGAUCGGCAGCGAGGUCUCCGAGGAGAAGGCCCAGCAGUUGCGCAACGACGUGAAGCGCUUGUCACCGGUGCACGUCAGCCUACGCGAGCGCACCCUCGGCGAGAUAUCUCUGACGUCCGACAGCCGGAGGAAACCGAACGCGUCGGAUGGGGGUGAGGUCGGCAACUCGGUGAAAAGCCAACGCGAUCUCGUGCUACGGCUUUCGCGGAUCGACCAGGUCAAGCCGAUGGAGCUCGGGCUUGGCUCGCCGAACGAGUCCGAGUCGCUCGACGGCUCUUACGACCUCGAGGGCAGCGCUCGCGUCGGCCUCCUCGACGGAAGCCUAGCUAGCUCCAAGGCCAUCGCCAAGAAGCUGCGCAUCGGCAGCGAGGUCGAGUUCCCGGGCUGUCGGCCGAGUUCGCCCUCGGCUGUGUUCGCCGACGCGGAGGAGGUCGAGACCGCUUCUGACAGUUCCGAGGUCCUAGCCUCGAUGGCCCCAGUCACCGUCGGUUGCGAGGAAGCCCUUGGCCAGGUCAUCGCCACGAGACUCGGACAGGAGCGGCCCGAGGCCUUUACCGACGACUCCGCCGAGAGCCUCGCCCUUGCCGCCGGAGUUCGGGACGAAGUUCGCUCCGACGGCAGUGACUCCGGCCUCGGCAGUGAGAUGCCCGGGGACGCCUGUCCAGCACCAGCUCCCGAGAGCGACUCCGAGACCUCCUUUCUCGACAGGAUACCAGACGACAUUCUCUCCGAUAAGGACAAAGCUGAGAACGACGUGGAUUCCUUCGUGGAGGCCGAGUUAAAAACGCCAACACUUCCGAAUUUCCGAGCGCCCUCGAAGAGCAGCCUUAAGCGCAGAAUGGCAGACUGCAUGGAGGAGGGCGAGGAUCACUCGGGUCCUAAGAGGCUCGGCGUUGACGAGGCAACGGCAGCAUCCUCGACAGCCGAAUUCCCGGCGAUGGCUAAGAAGAAACGCAAUAUACAGUUCGACGCAGUCACGGUCUAUUACUUUCCCAGGGCUCAAGGCUUCACCUGCGUGCCUUCACAGGGCGGCAGCACUCUCGGUAUGAGCGCGAUGCACACGCACGCGGAGCGCUUCUCCCUGUCGGAACACGCGGCUGAGCAGCGUCGACUUCACCGGGCCCGACUCGCUCAGCUACGCUCCGAGAGGGCGGCCAAUUGUGCCGCGGAGGCGGCCUCCAGCUCGGAGGACCCGAGCGACGACACGGAUGACGAGCCGAGCGACGCCGAGGAGCUCGACAUCGACAGCUACUACUUCCUCCAGCCGGUGCCCACUUGGCAGAGGCGGGCGCUCCUGCGGGCGGCCGGCGUCCGCAGGAUAGACGCCCUCGAGAAGGACGAGUGCAGGGACAUUAGAGCCAGCAGGGAGCACUGCGGCUGCGGCUGCAAAGGCUACUGCGACCCGGAGAGUUGCCCCUGCAGCAGAGCCAACGUCAAGUGCCAGGUGGACAGAGCCGGCUUCCCGUGUGGCUGCUCGCGGGACGGAUGUGCCAACAGCACCGGUCGCAUAGAGUUCAAUCCCGUUCGGGUGCGCACGCACUUCAUCCAUACGCUUAUGCGACUCGAGCUCGAGAAGAAGCCACAUCGUGACGAGGAGCAUCAGGAGAGUCAGCAGCAUCAUCUACAUCACCAUCACCAUCACCACCAUCAUCAUCAUCAUCAUCAAGAACGACUAGCCGUACCACUUACCUCGGUUAUCGAGUCGCCGACCGACUGUCUCGCCGGUGGAUUCACCAGUCUCCACUACGACGGCCAGGAAGGCGCCGCGCGUCCCGAUAACCUCGACCUCUAUGCCCUCAGGGACGACUGCUACCCGGUCGACGACUGCAUGGGAGAGGCCGACAAUCAGGGCCAACAACAGCAGAGGAAGCUCCAUGCGGACUUUGGACAGAAUUUUCAGCACUACGGAUCGCAAGGGCCUUCCUCAAUGUCCUCCUUUCAUCAGAAUCCCUAUGCUGAUUACCAGAGCUAUCAGGCCCUACCGUCGACCUCCAGGUCGGCUUUUCAACCGCAAUUUCAGCCCGUCACUUCGAAUCCCAGCUUUUCGCAUUACGGCUCUUAUUCCCAGGACUCGAGCUCGAGUUCCACAUCCAGCAGCUGUCAACAACAGACUCAUUCGGUCAUGCAACAACCGUCGCCGCAGCAACAGCAGCAGCAACAGCAGCAGCAGCAGCAGCAGCAGCAGCAGCACAGUGGUAUCAUUUACGAUACGUCUUUCGCCCAGGACGAGGUGACGGGCUCGCAAUACACAAAUCUCAGCACAAUGCAGCCGAUGAGCUCCGUGGUACAGCAGAUCGGCAAGCUCGAGCCCUUCUCCGAGCUACUAUCAUCUAGGUAUUCCUACUACGAGGACGUGGUCGAUCAACAGCCGCAGCAACAACAUCAAGAGCAACAGCAUCACCAGGCUUAUCACGUGAACGGCUCAAAGAUGGAUGUGAAGGACGAGCUGCUGCUGGGCGGAGAUCAGCAGCAAAUGCAACUGGCCGACGACGAUUGCGACGAAAACUUUGGCGAAAUCAUUAAAAAGUCCAUGGUCGAGACUGUGUCUGCUUAGAUGGACAUGGGAUGUUUGAGGAUAGAUAAUCAGUAAGCUUUCCGAGCGUCUUGAGCGUCUUGUCUCUUCGGAGCGUGGAAUUCCAGGACUUGCUGUCGCCAGCCACUUUUCAUCGAAUUAAUCCGUAAAGCGCGAGAUCGAAAUCGGUUAAGUGGCGGUCCGUCGAUCGCAAGUACGUAUGUGCUCACUGGCCUCUUUACAGCGAUAUUCGUUAUCUUUAAACGCCACGAGAUUUAUGGAUAUCCUUGAAUUCGAUUAAUAUUCUUUUAUAAUGAUGUUUGUAAUCUUAAUAAAGCUAAAAAGUGUUUGUAUUUUUAUUGCAAUCAGUUGUUCAUUUCUCGGCACUAUAAUACAAUUAAUAUUUAUGCUCGUGUCAGUGUGCAUAAAGCUCAUAUUUCUUAUUACUCGGAAGUGAUUUCUUAAAUGACAGUAUCAGUGCUUAGUCCUGAUUAUAAUCUGAUGAUAAUAACAAUUGUUUAAAACUAAAUAUUUGUUUAGGUUAAUAUUUAUCGUUUUACAUUUAAGUAAUUGUAGUACAUUGUAAUGGUCGUGGACUUUUUAUGACGUAAAGAAGUUAAAGCUACGAAAUGUCGAGUAGUUGAAGUAAAUAAAACCAUGAGUUUCUUACACAUUUUUACGAUUACGUUAAUUUU